AUGGAUUUACAUAACCAGCUCAGCAAGAACAUGGAUGACAUUGUUAAAAUGUUCGAGUCCCGCAUGAAUCAAUUUGAUAAAAUGCUCUCACUGUCAACACAAGCACAAGGAAGCACUAAACCACCGACCACUACCUUUGGAGACUUCAGUUCUCUCGCCUCGGACUAUGCCGCUUUCAAAGAUGUAAUCUGGAAGUCCCUUAGUAUGCUUCGUCAGCAAUUACAGCUGCUCUCGGUGGGUUUUGAUAUGCAGGAAGCUCGUUCCCGCAGCAGAGUGCUGCUUUUUCACGGUCUGCCGGAGAGUACUGACGAGCAAGUGGAGAGCAAGAUUCAAUCCGUGUUGCACAAUCAAUUAAAGCUGACUAGUAUUGAUUCUUCACAGCUGGAUAUCUUUCGUCUUGGCACAAAGAAGGAAAAACCAAGACCAAUACUGGUUCGUUUUAUUGCCACAAAGCACAGAAAUCUUGUUUGGAACUCUAAAACAUCUCUAAAAGGGUCUGGAGUUACUAUAUCGGAAUUUUUGACUAAGCCCAGGCAAGAAUUAUUCGUUGCUGCUCGGAAACAUUUCGGUUUGAAAAAUUGCUGGACAUCUGACGAAGUAAUCAUUGUGGCGCUUCCAGAUAAAAGCCGUAAAAAGAUCCUUACAUCGGCUGAAUUAAAGGAUCUUUGCGAAAAGUUUCCUCAAGUUUCCAGUGCGCCGGACCAGAAGACAAGAUCUCGGCGGGUUAAAGUUACUACAAAGUAAAGGUUUCUCAUAUAUUACUAUAAUUGCUGUCUGC